CCCUUUGAACGGCAGCUACCGUCUCUUUUCAUUCUUUCUCCUCUUUUCUAACGUCGGAAUUCAGAAUUCCCCGGAGUUCCAUUUCUGGAGAAUCGAAACGGAACGAAACCAGAACGAAUUGGAGAACUUCAAUUGGCGCCAUAGUAACAUCGAGGCAGCGUCGGAGGAGCUCUAUCAGGGACUCCCCUAAGUGCGAGAGGAUGGAGGGUGCUGGCAGUUGGGAAGCUCUCGAAUGGACCAAAACUGAGCCGGUUACGAGGUCUGUUUCGCAUCUGAAUUUAGACUGCUUGCUUGAAGCUGAGCGCGUCAUAGUGGAGGGGUACGGUGUUGUUCUUGUUAACAUUAAUGUGGCUGGUACCUUAUUUGUUACCAACUUUCGUCUACUCUUCCUGAGUGAAGGAACCAGAAAUAUUGUUCCGCUCGGGACUAUUCCACUGGCUACCAUUGAGAAGUUCAACAAAAUGGCAGUAAAGAUUCAAUCAACUCCUCGUAAUACUGACAAAGCUUCGCCACAAAGGCUUCUUCAGGUCACUGGCAAAGAUAUGAGAAUUAUAGUGUUUGGUUUUCGCCCUUGGACAAAGCAGAGACGUGCCAUCUUUGAUGCAUUAGUGCGUUGUACAAAGCCAGAAAGAAUUUGGGAUCUUUAUGCUUUCACAUGUGGACCUUCCAAAUUCAGUAACACAAACCCAAAGGUGCGAUUACUGAAUGAGUAUUUCCGUCUCCUCGGAAGAGGUUUCCAUCACGCUUCAAAGAGUAUGAUUGAAGAUGAGUCAUUUACCUUUUCUAAUGACUUGUGGAGAAUAAGUGAUAGAAAUUCCAACUAUACAAUGUGCCAAAGUUAUCCAUUUGCCUUGGUUAUUCCAAAAAGCAUUAGUGAUGAAGAAGUAUUCCAGGCCUCCACCUUUCGUGCAAGGUGUCGGAUACCUGUUGUUUCAUGGUGUCAUCCAGAAAAUGGAGCAGUUCUUGCACGCUCAUCCCAGCCUUUAGUUGGUAUUAUGAUGAAUACGAGGAGUAACGCUGAUGAAAAGCUUGUAGCUGCACUUUGCACUCAACUUGUUGGUGGAGGGCAGUUAAGGAGGAAGCUAUACAUUGCUGAUGCAAGACCAAGGAAAAAUGCUUUGGCUAAUGGAGCCAUGGGAGGUGGCUCUGAGUCAUCUUCAAAUUAUUUUCAAUCUGAGAUAGUUUUCUUUGGGAUAGACAACAUACAUGCAAUGAGAGAGAGCUUUACUCGGCUUAGGGACUACUUAGAUACUCAUGGUGCUGCAUCAUCAGAUGGAAUGUCAUCAUUUUUGAGACACGGUGGUUGGACUUGGGGUGGGGGCAAUCUCAGCAGCAUGUCUGCUUCAGUGUCAACCCUUGGUGAUAGUGGUUGGUUGAUACAUGUUCAAAGUGUAUUGGCUGGUUCAGCUUGGAUCGCAGCCCGCAUUGCUAAGGAAUCAGCAUCAGUUCUUGUGCAUUGCAGGUUAGGCUCUUUUAUGUCACUUCUGCUCUUCACGACUCCUUGUUAAAAUAUCAAUGUUUUUUUUUUUCCCUUUAACCUUGGAGGUUUUUUGCAGUGCACCUGAGUAGAGAGUAAUUACGCCAUAAUACUUCUGUAACUCAUCAUGUUUCCUUUUUAUAAUGAAUAUAAUCUUUUAUUUAUGUAUUUGUGAAUUAGUUUUCCCGUUAUAUGGACAAGAACAAGAUACUUAGCUUGUUGAUUUACUUGUCUAUAUAUUUGUAUUCCUAACAUGUGCAUAUAUUCUUUUCUUCUAUAGUGAUGGUUGGGAUAGAACAACUCAGUUGGUUUCACUUGCAAACUUGUUGCUCGAUCCAUACUAUAGGACAUUUGCAGGUUUUCAGGCUCUUGUUGAAAAAGAUUGGCUAGCAUUUGGUCAUCCAUUUUCAGAUCGUGUGGGAAUGCCAACUGUAUCUGGUGGAACUGGUAACAUGCCAUUUGAAUUAACUAGACAGGCUCCUACUGGGAGUUUGUCAUCAUCACCCGUGCGCCAGACACCAGGUUCAUCUCAGACUCCUAGUUCCUCUCAUGCACAGAACAAUUAUUCUCCCAUUUUCUUGCAGGUAUAUUUCUUCAAACUUUCUUCAACAAUGACUUCAUUGUAAUUUGUUGUAUAAACUUGCAGUUAUAAA